AUGUUUGGUACUGCAUGCCACGUUUCAUGUGAGACGAUUUUGACGGCCGUGAAGGGAGAGGAUGUGGUCCUGGAAUGCAAGUUACCGGAUUUGGCUGAGACUCCACCUUGCAGUAAUGCAGGCAUCCAAUUCGAAUGGCUUGCAGAUAAUGGGACCAUUGCCGGAUGUGCAAACACCAGUGCAAACUAUACACUUAACAAGACCAGUGGAGCUUUGACGAUCCCGCAUGUUUCAGGGUCAUUGAAUGGCACACAUUAUCACUGUCAAGUGUUACAAGGAACGGGACCCCGCAAAUAUGCCGUAGAACUCAUCGUGUUUAAUGGGACAGCAAUUACUGAAACAACUUCCAUGUUGAACGGGAUAGUAGGAGGGGGUAUCGCUUUGGAAUGUUUCGUCAAAAGAGUUCCAUUGGGCUUUCCGCACAUUACCUUCAAGUGGUUGCUUGGAAACAAACUCUUGCACGAUGUGUGCACAGACGAGGGCAGCACUAAGACAGGGAAGUAUGACUAUCACCAUGACAACUACGGUUGCAAUUUGACGAUUAACAACCUUGAGUUAACUGAUGAGGGGCGCUACAGAUGUGAAGCUCGGUAUUCGGCUACGACGGUGUGGAAAAAAAAAUCAUUGACAGUUAAUGUGCCACCCAAAGAUGUGUACAUCAUCAACGCCAACACCGGCGAAGUUUAUAGCGGAUACGUGCUCAUCAGACUGGACACCGACCAGCGCUUCACCUGCCUGGCCACAGACACUAAACCCCCGGCAGAAAUCACCUGGACACUCGCUGGAAAGAACAGAAGCGGCGAGACGAGGGUAGUUGGUACGAGAUUGUACAACACCAGCAGCACGUUUACCGUGCCGUCGUUUCAGCCUGGUCAGCGGGAGAAUCUAACGUGCACGGCAACUGGAGCAGGAGGGAAGGUGGUCACGAAUAUUCGGUUGCUCGGCCACUAUGAAAAAACAGCCUACUUGGCCACAGACCUGACGUACAAGCCUACUUGGCCACAGACCUGA